CGGGCCUCUUAGGUGCCGGGCCGCGGGAGGUCUUCGCCGGUGGGUGGGGUCCGGGGCCGCCUGAGACAUGUAGAUGAGGUGGGCGGGGCCCUACACAAACCCGCUGGUAGCGCUGGGCCGACGCGCCCAGCCUGGACCCACUCUGUCAGACGCAGCCAGCGGGACCUGCUUCACCCAGCGCAGCGAAGCCGAGUCCCGGGCUGGCCCCUCUGCUGCCCUCAGAGCGGGCCAUGCCGCCGCGGGAGCUGAGCGAGGCCGAGCCGCCCCCGCUCCGGGCCCCGACCCCUCCCCCGCGGCGGCGUAGCGCGCCCCAAGAGCUGGGCAUCAAGUGCGUGCUGGUGGGCGACGGCGCCGUGGGCAAGAGCAGCCUCAUCGUCAGCUACACCUGCAAUGGGUACCCCGCGCGCUACCGGCCCACUGCGCUGGACACCUUCUCCGUGCAAGUCCUGGUGGAUGGAGCCCCGGUGCGCAUUGAGCUCUGGGACACAGCCGGACAGGAGGAUUUUGACCGACUUCGUUCCCUUUGCUACCCGGAUACCGAUGUCUUCCUGGCGUGCUUCAGCGUGGUGCAGCCCAGCUCCUUUCAAAACAUCACAGAGAAAUGGCUGCCCGAGAUCCGCACGCACAACCCCCAGGCGCCUGUUCUGCUGGUGGGCACCCAGGCCGACCUGAGGGACGAUGUCAACGUACUGAUUCAGCUGGACCAGGGGGGCCGGGAGGGCCCCGUGCCCCAACCCCAGGCUCAAGGUCUGGCCGAGAAGAUCCGAGCCUGCUGCUACCUGGAGUGCUCAGCCUUGACGCAGAAGAACCUGAAGGAAGUAUUUGACUCGGCCAUUCUCAGUGCCAUAGAGCACAAAGCCCGGCUGGAGAAGAAACUGAAUGCCAAAGGUGUGCGCACCCUCUCCCGCUGCCGCUGGAAGAAGUUCUUCUGCUUCGUUUGAGCAGCUAUGGCUGCAUAGCAAGUGGUAGGCAGGAGGCCAGAGACUUCUGAGACCUGGGGCACCCGGGCCUUUGCGGGAGCUACUGGCAGGACCUGGCCACCUCAUGGGAUUCAGUUCCCUUCCGAACACUCGGGGGACAUGGGCCUCUAACUGCCCACUCUGAUAUGCCUGGGUGAGCCUAGGAGGGAAGGCUCUGAUUUGGAUUUCUCCAGUCAAAGCUCACAGAAAAACACCUGGCACUUUGAUUUUCAUGGGAUGGUCCUAACAGGGUCAGUCACCUCCGAGUAGUUUGGGAUCCAGUUCCCAGUUUCUUGUCUUGGGCCCUCAGGUCAACCUGGCUGAAUUAGGACCCUUCCUUGGGACAGGGGUGAGAAAGAGCUUGGGGAACACCUGGCAUUGUGGAGGGCUGGAAGGGGUUCAACCCUGGUUUGGAGAGAAGUUUGGGAUGGAGUGGGCGAGAGACAGAGAGAGAGCAGGAAAAAGCGGCCUUGGAGCCUGGGACUGAUGGUGGAUAAGGGCUGGGCCUGGAAGGAAGAUGACAAAGAGGAGGAGAGAGGGAAGUGGGGUGGAUGAGGAGCAGGCUGACACCUGGGCGGCCCUCAACCCCCAAGGCCAGGGAGGGCGGGGCUGGCCCCUGGGAAGAACUGGGUCUCUGGGCUCCCUAGUCACUGCCCAAACUGGCUGGGCCAGGAGUAGGGCAGGAAGUGAGAGUCAAGGCCCAGCAAAAAGGAGGGGGAGGAGCUGCAAAUUAGAGCCUGAAGGAGGACGGGGCUGGGGAUCAUCCCUUUCCUCAAGGUCACACAGCCUAGAAGCUAGAGCAGUGCAGAGUCUGCAAAUAAAACCUUAAGUCUGUGAA